AUGCCAAAAAGAAAAAGAGAGGUUGACGACACUAUUAGUAGUAGUAGUCUUAGUUGGGCAGCAGUAAAUAUACCACAAGAUGUGGUGGUGGAAGAGAUUAUCGAGAAACUUCCGGUGAAAUCACUGAUGAGAUUCAAAGCGGUGUCGAAACAAUGGAGAAGAGAAAUCGAAUCCCGUCGUUUCAAGGAGAAACAUCUAAGGCAUGAACAGAAAUCUGGAGAUCCGAGUAUAGUGGUAAACGUGUCUGUGCUUGGCGACGGCGAAGAAGCUUCUCUUAGGACAUUGAGGUUGGGGGAAACGUCGUUUACGUUGGAGAACCAUACUCGUUACCCUGCCCAUACAAACGAACGAGGGAUUGUUGGGAUUACAAGCAGCUGCGACGGUCUGAUCUGCCUAUAUUCAAAAGAUUUCGUGUGUGUGAUCAAUCCUGCGACUAGAUGGUACCGCAGACUACCCUAUGCGAGACUUCAUGCACUUAUCCGCGAUACGAUAAGCCCCCUGUUCCCAGCCAUGGGAUUCGGUAAAGACAAUAUCAGAGGGAUAUACAAAGAUUGUUUGGCUGUAUAA